UGUGGCCUUUUUAUUUAUAUCGAAAAAGUAUAGUUUGAUCGAUAGAUGGUAUUACUGUUUCUUAAAUUAAGAUUAUUACGUGAUUUCGAUUUUCCCAUAUGGACACACAUGUUUUAUCUCUAAAGAAAAUUGUAUAUCCAGUAUUCUGAAUGGUUAUAUUUAGGCUCCUUUAUAUUUAUUAUGAGGGUCAUGCACCCAUGGGGCCUCAUAAUACCAGACGAUCCUGCGAUUCCAUAUAUAGGCCAGUAAUCACAACGUACAAUAGGAGCAUGGUGGUUCCUGCGGGUAAGUCUGGGCGUACAGUAAUUGCUAAUUGAACACUCUCAAAAUUACAACACAAUGGACAAGAAGGUCCACUUGAAGAAUACUCAGUAUAUGAGUCACCCUGACGCCGAUGAACAGGGUCAGUUUGUCCAAAGCUCCCUGCACGAUGUCGAUUAACGCCUCGUCAACGUCUAGAUGAAACCUGCCGUGAAUUCGGGGUUAUUUAAUUGCCGCUUUCACAGAGUAGGCAUUGUAUCGUUCAAAACGUGAUGUUUACUUUUCUACGAUCAAACGAUACUCGACUAUAUUCGUUUAAAUUCCGGUUAUUGAAAUCGUUACGAACCCCUUUGAAUUUAGAAAGAAUCAAAACUUUUCUUAGGCCCUACCGAGUCUACCGGUCGACAGAUCAGUCACUAGGAAAGUGACAUGGACGAGCAAGGAGAUUUAAGAACUCGUACGAGCGGGCUCCGGGUCCGAUGGGAAGAAUCCGAAGAACGCUUCGAGCAGGUCGAAGAAGAGGAUGAAGAAGAGGAUAAAGGAGAGGAUGAGGAAGAGGAUGAGGAAGACAAGCAACCGAGGAAGGAAUCUCACGUAGAAGAUUUUAUCGAUUACGUAUCCGUUUAUACCGAGCAGAGAGUGACCGAGGCAGUCGAGAAAGAAAGGGAGAAACGCGAACGCUUACGAAGACUGAUUGGCAUCAACACAAGGAAAGAUGAAGAUUCGAUUUCAGUGGACACGAUAGUAACACUGACAGAUGAAAUUCUCGGAAAGCAUGACGAAUCUAGCGAAGCGUCGACAUAUCUUUGCUUGAAGGAUAUAGACAUCAGCGACUCUCAACUCAAGCUAUUGAAUCUCUUCAAUAUUUAUCCUGCACCCGAAGAUCCAGGGUUGGCUGAUGGAUUCUGGACGCUGUAUCCACGUUCACGUGCGUACAAAGACGACGGUAUCCAGAAGUUCAUCGAUUUGACGAAAACCAUGCAAUUGAAGCUCAUUCAGUGCAUGCUGGAGAUGCUGCGAACCGAUAAAAUUAAUCUGCGCUAUUACGGAGUGGAUGCUAAAACGCUUAAAGCUAUUUGUCAUUCGAUUAGGAAUAAUACAUCUGUCCAAGCCUUGGAUCUGAAGGAUAAUUAUCUACCGCCAGAUGCCUGCUCUCAUCUCAGUGAACUCUAUCAAGAGAAUAAUAUAUUGUCGAGCCUGAGUCUCAGUGGAUGUCGAAUCGGACCACAAGGUGCGAAACGAUUACAGAACGGUAUUUCAACAGCAAUGGCACUUCAUGAAUUGGACUUGAGUCGUUGUGCUCUUGGAGAUGAGGGUCUCGGAAUCGCGGCACCGGCAAUUUACUUCAAUCCGGUACUUCUCACUGUCAACCUGGCGGAUAAUGAACUUGGCGAAGAGAGCGGAAAGAUACUGCAGACGCUACUCGCUCAAACGGAUAGUCUGACCUGCUUGGACCUCUCCUGGAACUCACUUUUCAAUAAAGAAGCGUCCAGGCCACUCUUCGCAGGACUCUCAAGGAACAGGACACUCACCGAUGUCAACUUAUCCUGGAACGCACUCGGCAUGGAGUCUCUUCCGUUUCUCUGCCCCUUCCUGGUGCUCACGCCAAACCUCCUUCACUUCAAUUUGAACGGAAAUAAGUUUAACGAGGUAGCAGCUGUCGAGCUGGGGAAAUCCUUGUCAAAGAACGUGGGUAUGGAGACGUUGUGCCUGGGAAAUAAUCCUUUAAAAGCUCUGGGAGCUUUAACUUUAGUUCAGGCUCUUACGCCAGAACAAUCACCAGAGAGUAAAAUGCGAUACUUGAAUUUAGAAAAUGUUUGGGCAAAUAAAGAUAUUUUACCUGAACUUGAAAAAAUUCAAAAUGAUCGCUCUUGGCUCACUGUCGAAUUAGGAGGUAUUUUGAGUAAUUACAAAAUAAUUGGGCCUGACGCCAAGAAAAUAUUAUUGAAGAGAGCCAACUUUGAGGCUUUAAUGCCCAAGAAAAAAAAAUUGCGUAAAAACUUUGGACACUUCAUACUAUCCUUGGAAGACAAGCUGAAUGCAAAGAAUAAAUUUAAAGAGCUGGUGAAAGCUUUCAAAAUAAAGUUGUCGGAAUCGCUUGUGAACGAAAUUUGUAAUGCUUUCGCUACUUCAAAAACUGUCGUCGAUCAAGGAGCUUUGAAAGCUUACUAUUUGGAAGCAUAUCCCGAUACUACUCCACCACCACCCGUAAUGGAGAAAACAAAACCGAAGGGAAAAUCGAAAAAACGAAAGGCAGUCAAGGAAAAAAUAAAAGACGUCAUAAAAGCACGUAAAACUGUAUCGAUAGCAGCGUAUCAUGACAAAGAAUUAAAGAAUGAAUCAAGCGACGGUGAAGAUAUAGUAGACUAUGAAAAUGCAUGAUAAUAAAAAAUCAUCUUCAAUAGCUUCAAACUUUAAUGCUUUUUAUGAGAGAAAAAGAAAUUUAUUAUUCUCAUAUGUACAACUGGUAUUUACCAAAAAUGCUGCCCCUACGUUACCAUGCAAAUCAAUAUUAUAAUCCGGGACGACAAAUAUACUGAAUUCGUGCGAAAUAAUUAAAAAAUAAUAUAGAAAUGGAAUAAAAUUUGUCUAAAACAGAUAAUCAUUAACUGUCUUACCUUGUAAAAUUUUGUAUUUUCAUUUUGCCAUAGUAAUUCAUAACUUUAACGUAUUCAUAAUAUUUUUAAAAUGAUGUCCAUUAUUAGGUACACUAAUUAUAGUAAUAUAGUUAAUAUUUCAGAAAUUAGAAUAAUACCUCAACAUAGCAAACUACGUUAUUCUAGUCAUUCCUUUUUUAGCUGCGUAUUAAAUCAUUUAUAUACA